GUGACGCCGAUGUUGUCUUAACCCAGUUUGUGUCGUCUUUGUCGGCUCCUUUUGAGCCUGUACCUCCCGCUGCAGUUAUGUAGUCCGCAGUGAAAGGACUUUACUCCUUCCGUGACCCUGGCCUUCAGCUACUGUCACUGUUUAUUUUAUAUUCAGCGGCUUUUUGUGCAUUUUACCCGCCGCUAUCUGCGAGGAGCUAACGGCUGCUAGCCGCCGCCGCGCUACAAACAAGCGCUUUGGGGCUUCACUGUCCUCCAGCCGGGUCCGUGUGCGUGAUCCCCAGACAACGAGGCUCUUACCCAGCCUCAGACUAAAGGAAGCCCCGGGGUUUGUGCUGAUGCCGGAGAGGGCGUGAAACAUGUGGCAGAGCGUCGGGCUCACGUUACUGGUCAUCGUGGCUACGCUGAUCUGCGCGCUGCUCUUUAUGCUUUUUGGCUGGUAUGUGGUGUGGCAGCUCUUCUUAUCCAAGUUUAAGUUCCUUCGGGAACUCGUGAGCGACGCAACAACUCCUCAGGCCGAGACCCCCUCCGAGUCCGAGUCCAGAUCUGAGUCCAGAACUGAGUCCAACCCGGCUUCGCUGAGGUCUAGACCCAAGACCGCGAGGCAAAGACUGGCCUCUCCGGAAAUCUCUUAAAUAGAAUCUUCAUUUUGAGAGACGAUUAUUUUGUUUGUUUUACCGUAAUUUGAAAUUGAUGGAUGUCAGGGUCAGAGGUCAGGUCUCUUUAAACUACCCAGGUUAAUCUGGUUCAAAAGGGAGAAGCCAUUGGUUUAAUAUCGGCCACAUUCCUCUGUGUGACAUUUUUAAUAUUAUAUAAUAUAUAUAUUAUAUUAUAUUAAUAUGUAAAGGUGCAUUGUGUUACUUUUGUGAUCUCCAUAGAGUAGGCCUGUCAAAAUUAUCAAAAAUCACACUAAUUGAUAUUAAAACUGAUAUCGAAACUAGAUACAAAGGUAUCGAUACUAAAAAAGUCCCAGUGACUGAAAUGAAUCUUUCCUGAAUAUCUGCAUAUUCCGCUAGUAGACACAUAGACUAGUAUACACCCAUGGACCACUGUGGAACCUACUGAGCACAGAGGGAUUACACAGAUGUAAGACACAUGGGAAUAGAAAAGAAAUUACUACCAUUUAAUGUGGAAAAUCACAGUAUAUUGUCUAUAGAAAGUGUUAUUAUUAUCAUUGUGGUUUCAGGAUUGGUAUGUAGUAUCAAAUCAAUGCCUUAUUAUUGAAAUCCAGCUUGAAAUUAGUAUCGCUAUAACACUACCAUAGAGAUCUAAUUGCUUUGCCGGACAUGUUCCACAGUAUGGCAUUAAACUUCCCCGUCUCCAUGAACACAGGUGAUGUCGCUAGGCCAAGUUACAGUUCAGAUCUAUGGAGAGGCAUGCUUGCUCACAGUAAGAAUGCAGGUUUCUCAUGUUAUUUUUGUGGAACAUUCCUGGUGAGCCUAUAACAUCUCCAUGGAGAUGGGUUGGUCAACCCUUGACUACAAAUGAUACACAGUGCACCUUUAAGCUUGAGGUGGGUGAUAUUUUGGGUUUUUCUCUCGAUGGCGUUGAACAGAUUUUUGAAGUCCCUGAGAAUCUGAAAUGUGCCUGUGGAUGUUUUGGUUUGUGAUUUGUACAAAAGGUGAAUGGACUUAAAAUGAUCCACAAAGAAAUAUCACCUUUAUACUCCUGUUUUUAAUGUUAAAUCAGCUCUCGGAAAAUGUCCUUUCAAAACCACCAGUCUCUGGAGUCUCCUCGUGAUGGAGUCUCCUCGUGAUGGAGUCUCCUCGUGAUGGAGUCUCCUCGUGAUGGAGUCUCCUCGUGAUGGAGUCUCCUCGUGAUGGAGUCUCCUCGUGAUGGAGUCUCCUCGUGAUGGAGUCUCCUCGUGAUGGAGUCCCCUCGUGAUGGAGUCCCCUCGUGAUGGAGCUGACAGCUUAAUGGAGCCCACCUUAGGGCCAAACACAGGGCUCUGGGUUUAGCUGCUUCCCUGGAUCAAAAGUCACUUUACAGGUUGGUUUAAAUGUUCAGUGUGUAGUUCACCAGAACAUAAACCAGAACCUAAACAGAACAUUAUGAUAUGUUAGAACGGGCUCAGUCUUUGAGUUUGAUAAAUGAGCCAAAGACUGGGUCAGACAUUCAAAACUGUGGAGUGCCUAAGGUCUGGUUUAAGUCCCGUCUUAAAUCCUGUUUUUAGUCCCACUUUAGGCCUGUUUUUUUAGUCUUGUUCCCAAUUGAUCUAAACUGAAGUACUCUUUUUAAAGUGGUCUCAAAUUGAGCCAAAGUGCAUUAAAACGAAAAACAAAAAUUCUGCAGUGGUCUAGUUUGACCUCAGACUGCUGUACAGACCACUGACAAGGCACUGGCCCUAUCCCACAAUGAAACUAACUCCUUAAGAUUUCUACACAGCAGCUUUUAGUCAGUAAAAUUUUUGCACAAUAUUUAAAGCUCCACUGUGUGACUUUUUCAUAGGGAGUUUCUGACCUACUCAUCUCUAAGGAGACACCAUUUAUUUGCCCAGAAUGUUCCACAGUAUGGCGUAGAACGUAUCCAUCCACCUGUAAUUGAAUAAAUACAAGAAUGACCACUAGAAUGCUACACUGAGGAACAUUCUAAUAAAAGUGUUAAUAUUUCCAGACAGAAAAGUUACAUAAUGGAUCUUUAACUCUCUGUCCAGUCUGCACCAUUUCAAUGUUUCUGUUUCUUGUUCAUUUUUGUUCAGUAAAUUCCUCUGAUGUAAACUCAAUUUAGACAAAGACACAGUGAAAGACAAACUGCAGAGUUAAACUGAAGACGAGUGUAGAGCCUGGUCUAAACAAAUGUGGGUAUUUUUGUAAACAACAUUUGAAAGUGAAACUUAGUCAAAUCCUCAUAGGCGUUUUGAACUAUUACCUCACUGUUUAUGUAACGGCUUUGACUUUGGUCCCUCAAUAAACCAAG